UCGUACGCAUAGAGCUAGACCCUGUGUGUUAUGAAAACUCUUCGGGUGAUCCGGAGCUUUCCUCUCAUUUCUUUGUCUCUUCCUCCCAGGUGUGUGGAGAUCAUCGCCAAGGAGGGGAGGAGUCUCAAAGAACUCUACCUGGUCUCCUGCAAGAUCACAGACCACGCUCUGAUAGCGAUUGGCCAGUACAGCAGCACCAUAGAGACAGUGGAUGCAGGCUGGUGUAAAGAGAUCACUGACCAGGGAGCGACACAGAUUGCCAGAAGCAGCAAGUCGCUGCGAUACCUGGGCCUCAUGAGGUGUGACAAGGUGAACGAGGAGACUGUGGAGAGGCUGGUGGUUCAGUACCCUCACAUCGUGUUCAGUACGGUGAUGCAGGACUGCAAGAGAACCCUGGAGAGAGCCUAUCAGAUGGGCUGGAGCCCCAACACAUCCAACGCCUCAUAGCCACUGCUGUAGCCCCCCCCCCCCCCCCCACACACACACGCAUGCGUAUACAUUUGCACACACCAACUGACAUAGGCGUGUGCACAGUCAAAGUGAAAACGCACCACAUGGCCAAUCAUGUUUACUUCAAACAUACUACUACAAACACUCAGUAAUACCUUCACACUCGUUCAUUUAAACAAACCGGUUGAUCCACAUUUUCACCUUCUGGAAAGAUGUCUGUAGUUUUGGGUUGUUUUUAUUUUUUGUAGAUGUAUUUUUUUAUUUUAUCUCUGGACCUUUUUUGGAUUCCAUUGUAGUUCAGUCAUAAGUCAUACACAAAUCAUACUGUACAUCACUGUAUACCUCUGUCUUAGGCUUGUGUAUCAAAGAACUCUAUUGCCCAUAGUGCACUUCUUUUGACCAGAGCCCUAUGUGGCUGUAGUCAAAACUAGUGCUACAGUACAUGGUGAUAGGGUGUCGUUUGAGGGUUGACUUUCGCUGUGCUGGCAGUUUUGUGAGCCUUACAUUUCCCCCUAACUUCAGUCUGGAUGCAAUAGCAGAAUUGAGGUUAUGGAGAAGCAACUGAAAACAAGGAAACAUUGUUCGAAACAUGUUAAAAACAUUAUACUCUGGUCUCGUUGACCAUUAGGGCUACAUGUUUUGAUCACUGUGAAGUCAAUGUUGUUUCAUACGUGUGUUGUGUUUCUACCUUUUCUGUUGGAUGUUCAUACGUGUGUCGUGUUUCUAAGGACCUGAGGGUUCUCUGACCGUGUGACCCGUUCAGGAAAAACUCCAGGUCCAAGAUAUAGGCUCGUUUUUUCCUGGUGAGCUCAAAUGGGCAGGGUAAACUCCCGACCUAAUAUGAGUUUCCCAAUAUGGAACUAAGCUCCAUCUGAUGGACCAUAGCUAUGAGCUCCCUGAUAAAAUGGUACAGUUGAGCGAUUCAACCCAGCUGCACGGGAGAACUGCAAGGAAAUAUUGUUCCAGCUCACUAAAAGUGUAUAUUUUCAUUCCAAAUCUUAAUAUGUUCUUGUUUCAUCCAGUAAAUGUCAUUCACACAGUUGAUGGACAUUUGUGUGGCACAGGAGCAGUGUUGGAUAUUGGUUUGUGCAGUUCAGGUUUCAUUGAAUGCCAUCCCUAAUCAUUGUUACUGUCACAGUACACAGUGGGCUCAACAUAGAAGUUGCUUUCGCGGAUCUAGGAUCAGAUGAUCCUACCCCUUAUCCCAACCUUAACCAUCAGGGAGAUGAAUCAAUGUCUGACUCUGGACCAGUGGUCAGGGGCAAAGUCAGCCUAUCCAGAACGACUCAGCACGUUCCCAAGGAGUAGUUUCUCAGCACUGAACACGAGUAAAUCAGAGAAACUCUCUACUUUCACUGAUGGAAACUUACACUUUAAAGUCAUCAUUGUAAAAUGCUAUUUGUUUCUCAAUGGCUUACCUGGCUGAAGAAAGGUUCAAUACUUCAACUCUUCUGACAGAAACAUUGUCUUGAAGAUGUCUGUAGUUGUUCUUAAUGUAAAAAAAAAAAAAGGUAAGGAAAAAUGACCGUAGAUGGGUCAGAACUUGUAAUGUCUUUCUCUGAUAUUGUUUUUUCUCUUUCUCUCAGUUGAAGAUGAUGUUGUAUACUGUACCAUUAGUAUGGUGUAAUAAUCAAUGGUUUGGGAUUGUGCUCGGCUGUAUGAGAAUUUAGUGAUUUCCACAGUAUGUAUACUCUACUAUAGGAUUAUACUUAGCCCAAUAUUGGUUUUGUUUGAGCAUAUAUUUUCAGUAUUAGUUGUGUAGCCAUGCAUUUACAGUAUAUCUUUGUUAGCAAUAGGAUCUAAGAUACUGGCUCAGAACGUAUAAUCAUGCCCUUUAUGGAAAUAAUAGGUGAGCUCUCUCGCUCUCUCUCCCUCUCGUUCCUCAUCUGUUCCUCAUCUGUCAAUGGUAUGUUCAUUAAGCAAAUAACCAGGGUAUUUUUCUAUGGUGAUAACCAACUGGAAUCAUUUUUUUUAGAUGCCGUCACUCGACUGUAUACACUAGUAGUUUUCUGAACUUAGGAUAUGAAGUAGCACUGUAAUAUUUUUACAGAAACAUAGAGAUUAGAGACAAUUAGGAACACAUCCCUUGUCAGGACUUGUUGACCUCAGAUCGAGUCCUCGUUCUCCCACCAUUUUUUUUUUUGUAAUCUCAACAUUAACUUUCUUUUUCUCUGCUUGAUGUUGGCACUCUUGAUCCCUGAUUUGUUAAAGCAAUCAGUAGACGACUGGAUUUACAUACAGAUGAAUAAAACACUACUACUUAAAGCGCUC